AUGUCUUUAAAAAAUAUAGCGUAUUUUAUAUUAUGCGCCGUUAUUCACAUAAAGGGGGAAUAUGAAGGUGACGCUUGUGUGAAUCAAGAUAUGGAAGGCAUUUGCAUGAAUAUCAGAAAGUGUAAAUCAGCUAUAGAUGAUAUCAGGAACCAUCGCGCUACGCCAAAACUCUGCUCAUUUACAAGUACAGAUCCUAUUGUUUGUUGUAUGGAUAAUCCAAAGAAGAUCACUUAUCAACCACCAGUCGCGACAACUAACAGACCUCGUUCAACUACUGAGUACGUACCACCUAUGUACGAUUAUGUUCUGAAUGACAAAGUCAAGUCCGAGGAGGAUGGGUGUGAGGCCUUACCCCCUAGUAUGACUCCCCCGAAAAUAGGGCAAAAAGCAUGGGAUAAGUGUAUAGAAUAUCAGCAGAAAUAUGUAUAUCCGUGUGAGAGAGGUGUAGAUCUUACUGGAAAAAUGGCUAGAACCAACAAAUGCAAACACAGCGUCAUAGAUCUUAUUGUAGGUGGAGUUGCAGCCACUGAGGCUGAGUUCCCGCAUAUGGCUCUCUUAGGUUAUGGCAAAACAGAAAGCUCUAGCCAAUGGCUUUGUGGUGGAUCCAUUAUAAGUGAAAGAUAUAUUCUGACAGCAGGACACUGUACGUCGAGUCGAGAUUUCGGUAAUGUCACUUACGCCCGCACAGCUCUACAACGCCGUACAGAACCAAUAAACAGCCUUCGUACAUAUAAGAUAAAAAAUAUUAUCAAGCACCCUGAAUAUAAUCCCCCUCAUAGAUACAACGAUAUCGCAUUACUGGAGGUAGAUAGAGAUAUGCAACUCGACCAGUUCGCUGUACCCGCGUGUCUAGAUCUAGGAAGUCCUAACACGUAUGACCGUGCGCUAGCCUCUGGAUGGGGAGCGACCAAGAAUCGAGGAUCUAACGCUGAUGAGUUACAGAAGGUGGUUCUAGAGAAGUUUUCGACUGGGGAGUGUAGUGAAUUGUUCCCAUCGAUGCGACUGAUGGUCAACGGCUUCGAUGAAAAGACUCAAAUAUGCUAUGGAGAUAAGAACAUGUCCAAAGAUACUUGUCAGGGCGACAGCGGUGGACCUCUUCAGUUAAAACAUAAGCAAAUUAACUGCAUGUACACGGUCAUUGGGGUGACUUCCUUUGGCCGAGCCUGCGGGUAUAUAGGCGAGCCGGGUAUAUAUACGCGGGUAGCUGCAUACGUACCCUGGAUUGAAAGCGUUGUAUGGCCA